GCGUCCACUGCAGCCUGUGAGUUAGAUUGAAUGAUUGAGUAAUUGGCAGCACCUGGCUGAGCUUUACUCCUCACUGCACACACACACACACUCACACACACACAGGGACACUUGCUGUUUUAACACAGAAAACAACUUUUACUUUUAACAUGCUUGAAUCAAAAUGCCCGCCUUUGCUUUUAUUGUUUACCACAUUGCUGAUGGUGAGCUGUAACAGUACUGAACAUGCUGCUGAACAAGAUGGUGAAAAUGCAGUAGCAGGCGACUUGAUGAAGUUUAAAAUUACCAACUCGACUCACUUUUCCUAUGGAUUAGCUGCAAAUGUGGUUGCUGUGCUAUUGUACGGAAGCAAUUAUGUUCCUCUGAAAAGAAUAGAGACUGGAGAUGGUAUGUUUUUUCAGUGGGUGUACUGUUCAGCGAUCUGGGCUGUAUCCAUUGUUGGAGACAUAAUGCUUGACUCGCCCAAAUUCCAUCCUUUUGCAAUGCUUGGAGGUAUCCUCUGGGUUACAGGCAAUAUAACAGUUGUUCCAAUUGUGAAAACGAUUGGCCUCGGCCUUGGGACUUUGAUUUGGGGCUCUUGCAGUUUGUUGAUGGGCUGGGGCACUUCACGGUUUGGCUUGUUUGGGAUUACUCCACAGGAUGUUUCCAGGCCAAUAUUAAAUUAUUGUGGAGCUGGGAUGUGUCUUCUCAGUGGCCUUAUCUUUUUCUGUGUGAAAACAAAUGUGGAAUUGCAUCCAAUCACUGAAUCCAUUCCAUUACUUCUUGACAGGAGAAUAAAUUCGAGCAGUUAUUGUCCGAAUUCCUCCACGUUCUGGAUAGACCUCAUCGGAACAAAGACCAGGCGUUUCAUAGGCUUCUUGCUGGCUGUUGUGGCGGGCCUGCUGUACGGGUCCUUCUAUUCUCCCAUCCUCUACAUCCAGAACCAUUCAUCAUGCCGGGACAGCAUGUUCCACGGAGCCAGUGUCUAUGACCUCGACUAUAUGCACUCGGUGAGCUCUGGUAUUUUUGCUACAAGCACAGUGUACUUUGCCAUCUACUGUGCUGCCAUGAAAAACCGGCCCAGAGUCUACUCCAGAGUCAUUCUGCCAGGUCUUUUGUGUGGAAUAAUGUGGGCUUUGGCCACAUACUGCUGGUUCCUAGCCAAUAACUACCUGAGUGCUGUCAUUACCUAUCCUAUUGUCACCGCAGGAUGCGGUCUGGUUGCAGCUCUUUGGGGAUCCUUGGUGUUCAAAGAGAUUAGGGGAUUAGUCAAUUCUUUAAUCUUCUCCUUGGCAUCCUGUGUCGUGCUGACCGGCUCCUUGCUGACCGCCAUCUCAAAGAUCUAAUAAAGCAGAAGACUGUCAUGUGAAAACAGCAAGACAUGGUCAUAUUCAUUAGGUAAACAUAUUCAAAGAAUGUGCUUGGUUUUCUAAAGCCGUUUGAAAUGCCAUUAAAUGACUCUUAAAAAACAAAA